UCCUCAUUCUCUUUUGAUCUUUCCUUCCAACCACAUCUGUUUGUCCUAUUCCAGGCUUGUUCUUUUUUUUUCUUCUUCCAACAAACCACACCCACACCCACGCCCACACUCUCUCUCUCACUCGCUCUUGCACUCGCGCGUUCAUCCAUUCCUUCUUCUCGCUGCGGUCCCAUGCUGCCUGCGCAUGUGUGACCCAUCAUCUUCACCCGCGUGUUUCCUUCUCUUUGCUGCGUGAUCUUGUUGUCCGCGAACAGCAGCACAUAACACACACACACACACACUUACGCACAAGCACACACAUUAUGCAUUUCUCCACCCUCUUUUCCGCGGCCGCGCUGGUCCAGGUCGCUCUUUCCAAGCCAGCUUCAGGCCUCAAAGCAUUAGACAUUCACAACCAUGGCCACGCCGCGCAGCUCCAGAAGCGCGCCGGCGAGGUCAUUACUACUGGCGCUGUCGGCCUCGGCGACGACAGCGUCCACUCGCGACUCGAAAUCAACGAUCUAACCAGCCGACCUGCCAUGUGGUCGCUCUACAUCCGCGCCAUGGCCCGCUGGAAGGAGGUGCCUGCCAACGAUCCCACAGGCUACUACGGUGUGUCGACCGUUCACGGCGUGCCUCGCGAAAACUACAACGGCGUCGAGCAAUGCGACUCCUGCCAGGGUGCCGAUGGCUACUGCACCCACGAUUCCGUGCUGUUCCCCGCCUGGCAUCGUGCCUACUUGGCCCUCUAUGAGCAGGAAAUGAUCAAGGUCGCUCUGGAUGUCGCCAACUCGUUCGAUGGCGACUUUGGCGACCAGAUGAAGGCUGCCGCCCAACAGAUACGUAUUCCCUACUGGGACUGGGCUGCCUCUCCAGACUCCGGCGACGCCGUCCUCCCUCCCAGCCUCAGUGGCCAGCAAGUCACCAUUGCCGGUCCCAACGGCGAUGAGACGGUCGACAACCCGCUCUACAGCUACCACUUCGACGACCCCAGCAACAUGUACUACUCGCCCUUCACCACCUGGGCCGACACCAUGCGCUACCCGACGAGCUCCGAUCCCAGCGCCACCAGCCAGAACCAGCAGGCCGUCGACGCCUUUGGCAACCUCCAGCAGAACCUCCAGGACCAGGUGUACCAGCUCUUGACCGCCUGCCAGGACUAUCUUGGAUUCGCCACCGAUGAUGCGAGCAACAAUGCCUGCGCCAACAGCAUCGAGGGCAUUCACAACACCGUCCACACCGUUUCCGGCGGUGCGGGCGGCAACGGAGUCUCGGGUGGCCACAUGACCUAUCUGCCCCUGGCCUCGUUCGAUCCCAUCUUCUGGAUUCACCACGCCAACGUCGACCGUAUCUUCGCCAUGUGGCAUACGGUCCAUGACGCCUACGGUGCCUCGCAGGUCGCCCCGCAUGCCACCUGGACCAUCGCCGCCGGCUCCACCCAAGACGCCAACUCUCCUCUCAUGCCCUUCCGCAAGACGGUCGACUCGUACUGGACCACCAAUGAUAUCAAGGACUUUGAAAUGACGUUCAAGUACACCUAUCCCGAGUUUGUGGUGGGUGCCGACCAGAGCAGCGCCACCGUCGCCGACUUCAUUAACCGACUCUACGGCGCCAAUGCGGAUGUGACCUCCUCGCAGCUGUCUGCUCUCGCUGAAACGGGCAGCAACACCAAUGGAAACGCUGCCAAUGCGGACCCUGCGCGAGAUGUCUCCGGCACCGUGGACAGCAAGAACACCAAGGACAGCGAAGGCGGCUUGGGCUUGGGCUUCGGCAUUGGCUUGGGCUCCAUUAGUAUGUCACUCAACCUUCCCUUUGGCUCCAAGCCCACGGCGGCAUCAUCCUCCUCCGGCCUCCCCUACCCCAAGGUCACGGGCGCGUGGAACGGUACCAAGACGACCGCGGCCUACCCUGGUCCCACCGGCACCGGACUCCCCAGCAGCAGCGGUGGCAACAUGACUAUCAAUCCCGCCUUCAUGGCACCCAACGGAAGCGUGUACCAAUACCAGUGCAACGUGGACACUCCUCGCUACGCAUUCAACGGCUCGUACGUGGUGUACGUGUUUGAUGGUCAGCCCUCCUCCAACGACAGCAGCACCUGGCUCGGAGAUGACGGCUGCAUUGGCCAGAUUGGUAUUUUGGCUGGUGGCGACAUGGCGAGCAUGGAUACGCUCAGCUCGGGCUCGGUUCCGGUGACCCGCCACUUGCAGAAGAUGUACAAGGCCGGUAAGAUCUCUGGCCUGAGCGAGGAUGUCGUGGUGCCAUAUAUGACCAAGAACCUCAACUGGAAGAUUGUCUACCAGGGCCAGGAAGUGCACCCCGAUGCUCUCACGGGCUACAAGGCCUCGUUCGUCUCGGGCCUCCUCUCUCCCAUCACGGACGGCAAACUCCCCACCUGGUCGAACCUCAUUCCUCAUGUCGAUGUCACCAAGGGCAAGGCGGGUGGUAUCACUCAGCUCGUGGACAACAUUAUCGGUGGCGUCGGUCAAACCCUCGGUGGUCUCGGAGGUGACUCUUCUUCCCCUGCGGGAUACGGCUCCGGAGGCAGCGCAGCUUCACCGCCCGCCGGGUACGCUCCCCACAACACCGAAGACUCUCCCGUCCCUGCCACGACUCCUGCACCCUCUGGCCCUGCGACGUACCCUCCUGAGGAGGAGACGACCACCACGGUGUACGAGACGCACUAUGUCACGUACUGUCCAUGCACGGAGACGUUGACCACAGCAGCACUGCCCAAUGCGACACCAUAUGCGCAAGCAUACUAGACGUAAUGGGGACGUACAGGACCUUUGACGAGCACCAGAAAUCGAGAGAAUAAGAAACAAAAAAGAGGUUCCUUAAUGUUGAUCAGCUCUGUGCAUUACCUUCAUUCUUGAAACUGGACAGGCGCAUGUAAUAUGACGAAGCAGCAGCAGAAGAAGAAGAAGCAAGGGUUUUGCCGGCAGGGGAAGAGAAGAUCGGAAUUGCCACAGAACAGGUUUAUACAUAUGACGAGACUAUACUGUUGUCACUGGAACAAGAAACAAAAAAAAUCAAUCGUAGCAUACCCCUCCACACGAUUGAUUGAACAGUGCGCCUAGAAGGGGGAAAGGUUGGUGUAUUGCAUAGCAUUGUUUCUUCAUUUUGAAAUGGAGAGAGAAAGAGGUCGAGGUCUCUAGCUCAUUGUGUACAUAUUCGUGUAUCAGAAGACUUGUUCACUU